GUCUCGGCGGCCCCACCGGCCUCACUCUGUCGACUCGAUUACCCGACUGGGAGAUGACAACCCGGAUGCAUCAUAUUCUCUCCCUUGCCACUAUGGACCGGAGCCUUUGACCGGCCACAAUUAUCCAACGGCGCCUCUUCCCCCCACCCCCCGACAAGCCUCAUACUCUCGACUCAGUAGUGCCACUUGCUGAACCAGACAUGAAAGAAACCGAGACGGGAGAUGGCCGCAUAAAGGUGUCCCUCUGGCAGAGAUUCCGAAACCAAUUCCAUCCGCGGCCUGCCGAAGAUGACGAGCCGCAGGACUGGUGGAUUGCCUCAACCGCCAUCCCGUUGGUGGCGGCCACCACCGCACCCCUCGCAAAUGUCAUGUCCAUCGUCGCCCUGGUGAUGCCAUGGAAAAGCGAGCUUCUCGGCCGCGAAGACUCCUCCUCCGGGGCCGCGGCACAGGUAUUUAUCACAGAUCCCCGGAGCAUAGCCCUGAAUGCGACCUCACUUGCCUGCGGGCUUGCAGGCAACUUCUUCCUCCUGUUCAACUUCACGCGCACGAUGCGAUACAUCAUAGCUUUGCCCGCAUCGAUCAUACUCUGGUGUCUGUCGACAUUCAUCCUGGUUGGGAUCACUGCCGCCACGCAUGUCUACGCGGGCCCGGUCCCGCCAAACCAGACCUACUCCCAGGGCUUUUGGAGCGCGGUUAUCGCGGCGGCGCUCUACUUCUUCCUGAUGGUUAUCCUCAUGAUCAACAUGCUGGGAUACGUCCUCGGGCACUAUCCGCAGUAUUUUGCGCUCACAGACGGACAAAGAACCCUGAUCCUGCAGACAACGGCCUUUGUGGUAUGGCUACUGGUCGGCGCCGCGAUCUUCCACACAGUCAUUGACAUAUCAUUCGCGGACGCGCUCUACUUCUCCGACGUCACGAUCCUCACCCUCGGCUAUGGCGACAUCACCGCUCCCACUCCUGUCGGGAGAGGUCUCGUCUUUCCCUACGCUGUCAUCGGGAUGAUCAUCCUCGGUCUAGUGGUCGGAAGUAUCAACAACAUCGCGCGAGACCUCCAAUACGACAAGGUCGUUCGAAAGCACGUGGAACGAAAACGCCAAGCCACCAUCCAGCGCUCCAUCUCCAUCCAGCCCGGCGAAGACGUCCCACAGCUCGAAUACCGACCCAAGCGGACCCGCAAACCGGGGAUCGGAAGCACGAUCGGCGCGUUCUCCUUCGUCGGACGCCCCAAGCUCCUCGUCAUGAAAGAAGAGAAGGACCGAUUCGACGCCAUGCGCGCCAUCCAGUCCGAAACCCUCUUCUUCCGUCGCUGGUACAACCUGGUGAUCAGCGUGAUCCUCUUCGGAGUCGUCUGGUCCUGCGGCGCCGUGGUGUUCUGGAAACUUGAAGACAUGACUUAUUUCCAGUCACUGUACUUCGGAUUCUGCUCCCUCCUCACCAUCGGAUAUGGGGACUACACGCCGACCAGCAACGCGGCUCGGCCAUUCUUCAUCGUCUGGUCGCUCAUUUCCGUCCCGACCAUGACGGUCCUGAUCUCGGAGAUGAGCGACACCGUGGUCGCCGGCUUCAAACAGGCCACGAACGUCCUCGCGGACUGGACCGUCCUCCCGCACGCGGGGAAAUACAUGCACUUCCUCCGCAAAUUCCCGCCCAUUGACUCCGCGCUGCAGCGGCGCGAAGAACACCGCCGCAUCGCACAGGGCUUCUCCGUCGGCCUGGACGAGGCAGAGUCCGGCGAAACACACCCUGAUCGUCGGGACCAGCCACACCACCACCACCACACAAACAACAACAACAACAACAACAACAACAACAACAAUAACAACAGUAACUCAACGCACCCACCAGCCCGCUCCCUCGAAGAACUCGCCAGCGAACCCGAUACCGCAUCCGGCACCGGCUCGACGGCCGCGUCGUCGGGCUUCCGCCUCGCGCGCCAACUCGCGUACGCCAUCCAGCGCACCACCCGCGACGCCGUAUCCGGGGAACGCAAACGCUACAGCUACGAAGAGUGGGUCGAGUUUACGCGGCUAAUCCGCUUCACGGACCCCAGUCCGGACGGCGUCGUGCUGCACGAGGACGAGUACGGGGUCCUGAAUUGGGAUUGGAUCGGGGAGACGAGUCCGAUGUUGGCGACGCAGACGGAGCCCGAGUGGGUGCUGCAUCGGCUGUGUGAGAGUCUGAUUCGGUAUAUCGAUAUCCAGGCGCGGAAUCGGAUGGUCGGCAAGGAGGGAGAGGGAGAGGGGGUGGUCGAGGAGGAGGAUGAGCCGACGUUGAAAAAGGAGAGGGAGAUUAAGUUUCGGGAUGAGUGAUAGUUUGUAUAUAGCCUUUUUGUUUUUAAGAUUUGUUAUUUGAUAUCCACUGUUGGUUAUUGGUGUUGGGUUUUGGGUGCACAAAGAGGAAUGGAGAGGGAGAGGAAGAGGGAGAGUAGAUUCCUUGAUCCCGGUCCGUCUGUGUAACAGGCAGGGACGGGGAUGCUGCCUGGUAAGUACAUAUGUACAUACAUGUACAUGUCUCUGACCGCAAGUUCUUCGCC